AGGACGUCCCCUCUCUGACGUGCAGCGGGGGUGCCGUCUUUACAGCAGGCACAACUUUAAAAGCCCCCUCUGAAGAUGCUUCAUAUCCACUGACGAAGGCGUCCUUACUGACGUGUCUCUUGCGCGCAAGUUUCCCAACAGUCCUCAGCCCUCAUUUGAAAUUUAAGGGCAGAAAAAACAUUUUGAAAAGAAGUUGGAGUGUGAGUAAUUCUGACCAUCUUUUUGGAUUUCACCGACAAAUGUGGCUUCUUGGAUCAACUUCCCAAGUGAUCAUGAUGGAUGAGCGCCUGUCUCCCUCCGCACGCUCCGUCCAGAGCCCGGGGGACAACCCGUCCACCAUCCACAGCAUCGAGGCGAUACUGGGAUUUAAAGGGGACACCAUCUUCCACAAAUCAGCUUCCUACAGCGUGACAGAAAAAGUCCUACUCAGAGAUGCUGAGCGGAAUGUACUUGUGACCCCAGUGAAGAAAAAUCACUCUUCAGAAAGUUUUGACAGUGUGUGUUGCGGCGGCAGCGUAGCUGAAGCGUCUGUGUGCCCGGACUCACCGGACCGAGACGGCAAACUGUCCGAUGAUGAAAACCCAAAGAAGAAACACCGCCGGAACCGAACAACAUUCACCACUUUCCAGCUUCACGAGCUGGAGAGAGCUUUUGAAAAGUCCCAUUACCCGGAUGUGUACAGCAGAGAGGAGCUGGCGCUUAAGGUCAACCUGCCGGAGGUUCGAGUUCAGGUGUGGUUCCAAAACCGACGAGCCAAGUGGCGUCGGCAGGAGAAGCUGGAGGUGAGCUCCAUCAAACUCCAGGACACCUCCUCUUCCUCCUUGCUCUCCUUCAGCCGCUCUCCCACCAGCUCCCUGGGCUCCAAUCUGCAGCUGGACCCCUGGCUCUCCACCCCGAUCACCACCUCCACCUCCCUGCAGUCCCUGCCGGGCUUCAUCACAGGCUCUCAGGGCCUCCCGGGCACUUACACUCCUUCCCCUCCCCCUUCCAUGCCCUCUUCCAUGCCGACCUCCUUUCUCAGCUCCCCAGCCCUGGGACACAGCCCUCACCUGCCUCACAUGGGCUCCAUGUGCCCACCACCCCCGUCUUACCAGUGCUCAGCUGAUCCAAGGAACUCCAGUAUUGCCUCACUGAGGAUGAAGGCCAAGGAACAUAUUCAGUUUAUUGGGAAGACGUGGUGAUGCUGAGCGGAGGUUAAACAUGGACACGAAAACUCCAGUCUACAUCAUGCUGCAUCUUUUGAAAAACUGACUUCAUUCUCGCCCUGGUGGGAGUUUUAUUUUGGAAGUUUUAAUGAGUGAAAUCUACAAUCCGGAUCAGAGACAUCCUCGUCGCUUAUAAGGGUAACACUUCAAGCAGUAUAUAAAAUGUAAUAAAUGAAGAAUGUAAGUAGAUAAACUAUUUGUCAACAACUAUAACUCCUCCUGUGGGCACACAUAAAUGGAGGCUGAUAAAACAUGUUUCCAUAGGAGAAGUUGUUGCUCAAUAUUGUACAUUAAUAAACACUUAAGUGUCCUCAUAGCUGCUUAUAAUGACAUUCUGAUGUGUUUGUUAAAUGUUUGUAUACUGCUUAUGAAUGUUACAUAAGGUGACUUAAGGUUUAGUGCUACACUAAUCUGACACAAACUGUGAAACAUUUUUCUUCUCCUUUAUCUUCUCUGCAAACUGCGUUCACUGUAAAGUUUUACACUCAUUCACUCGCGUCCGUAUCCAUUGUUAUGUUGCCAAUAUAACAAAGUCUACUUGGAUAGUAGUAGUAUUCUACUUUUGUAAAUGGUUCACUCCUCAGUUGGAUUCAUGCUUUUUUAU